UCUCUAGUGCUGUGUGGCUAAAUAAAGUGGCAGGCUUAUAUUUCACAGUGGUUCACAGCAUUUUUACCAUACUAAAAGUACUAUUUUUCUGGAUGUGGACAGGCCAGCAAAGAUCCACACACGGGAACUUCGCCCCUGUUCGCCUCGCCUCCACUAGGGCCGCACACCACUCUUUUGUCUGAAGACUGCUGCGGUGGGACGGUGUGUGAAGGCAGCGACGGCAAGCUGGGCUAGCCAUGUUGUUGUUGUGGCUGUAAAGCUAGAAAAUUCUGUCGAUGAAGUGACUGACUGUUAAUGUAACUUUGGAUUUUUUUGUAGGACAUAAACCAACUGAACAUCUCGCCUACAGGAUAGAGGCUUGGUUGUUCUCUUCGUUGGUAUCACUUGCUAACAUCGAUGUUAGCAACUAGCCUGUUCGUGUAAAUGCUAUUCACUAGAAUGGACCUGUUGAACUCUCAGUUCCUGGACAAGAUGAACAAUAACAUCGGGAGACUGCACUACGAAGAUGAGUCCAGGAUGCCCUCCCUGCCCACUGCUAUGUCCAACAUAACGGGGCCUCCUCCGCACUGCCCAAGCAAACGGAAGUAUGGCGAAGAACAAAUGGAAGACAGAAUGAACUGUGAUGAAGACCACAUGACCAAAAUGAGCAGAUUGUUUGCCACACAGCUGGCCCGUCCCUCUGCUGGAGACAACCGUAAUGAGCACUGGAGCCUUAGUCACAGUCCUGUGGAGCACAUUACGUCCUCCUCAAACGGUCUCCAUGGGAACCAUCUGUAUGCUUCCAUCUCUGGCUAUGCUGUAGAUCAGCCUCUGGCUCUGACCAAAAGCAGCCUGGACAUUGGAGUUGGGGGCAGAGAGAGGUCUGUCAUGGGUGGGCCUGUAGAGCGGCAGCAGAAUCGCCCCUCAGUUAUUACCUGUGCCCCUGCAAGCAACCGCAAUUGUAACCUAUCUCACUGCCACAUGAACGGCUGCUCUCCCAGCCCACCUACUGAUGAGAGGAAGACCAAUGCUAACACAGUUUGUGAUCCUGUGAUUGAGGAGCACUUCCGUCGCAGCCUUGGAAAAAACUACAAAGAAGCGGAGUCUGUGUCCAACUCAGUGUCCAUCACUGGUUCAGUGGAUGACCAUUUUGCCAAGGCACUGGGAGAUGCCUGGCUCCAAAUCAAGGCCAAGGGUGGGGGUCAUCAAACCCCAGAGGCAGAUCCAUGAAGCUGAGGGGAGUAAACAUUAUAAUCACUUCCUUAGUGUUCACAUAUGAGAGUGGAGAUUGUCCACUAUCUUUUUUUUUUGCCAAGCAUCAACUUCCCUUAGCCAAGAACAAUGUAAGAAAAUAUGGUGCUCACCUAGCCUGUUCACUUGUGGACCUCGAGGUCAACCUUUUUAUCACAAUACUCAGCUCAGAUUUGGACUCUAAAAAUUGGCAAAGUCUCUCUACUGAAGAGAAAAUUAAUAUUGCAUAGUUGGGUUGACAGUGUUGGCUGUGGAAACUGUACAAUCAUAGAUUUUAUGUUGCAUUGAUAAUGAGAUUCACACAGUGGUCAGUUGUUUAGGAGCUCAUGUUCUGCUUUACCUGCCUUUCACCUGCCUUGAUAGCCAAAGAAAUCGCCUGCCUUUUCCAUCAGCAUACAAGCCAUAGAUGUGGUUUUCUCACUAAGUGCUAACCUUUAUAUUGUUUUCAUUCUAAAAUCACACUGCUUUUGAAUCUUAUAUUACUUGAAAAGGAAUGCCAGGUCUCAUUUGCACUAUUGCGUUUCUGACCAUUUAGGUAGCAGGUUACCUGUUUCAGUUGGAAGUCGUGUUUAAAAAAAUGCGACUUUUGUUUUGAGAUUGCGAUAAUGCAAUUAAGGCUCUGGUCCUCCUCUGCUUUCUGAAGACACUAAACUAAUCUGUAUUCUUUGUAAUCCUGAACUGGACGUAUCCACUGUUAACUAAAUAAUUUUAGUUUCCCUUCUAUAUGCUCACUGUGGCUGAUUACUUAGUAAACUAAUAUCAAUCAUAGUAGAUAUCUCUCUAACUAGGAAGCAUGUUUCAAAUAGCUGGAUUCUAUUACAAACCUUAUUCUAUACUAUAUAUUUACUCAGAAUUUAUUUUUUAUCUGUAACAUUUUAGAAAUACUCACUGCUGGUACAGUUGUACUCAAUAUAUUUUUUGUAUCUGGUUUUCAUUACUAUAUGUAGGUGUAUAACUUAGCAUCCAUCUACAAAUCACAGCCUCUGGCAAGGUUGUCUGAAUGCAGUUUAAUAGGCUACAUUGCUUAGUUAUUCUAUGGAGCUGGAUGCUAUAGCCUAUACAUGACUGAAUACAGCUAAAUCUCACCUUCUGUAGCACAGUCUAUUAGCAAUGCCUUUAUUUAUUCUGAACACGUUAGUUUCAUGUUGACUUUUGGUAAAACGUAGGGACAGCAGAAUUCUAACUUUGAUUUGUUUCUUUCUUAUGAGAACGGCAAAGGACGUCUCCAUUGAUUCAUUGACAAAGCAGUUGAUUUUGUUUAAAACUAAGGAUUUAAUGCAAAUGCAAUAUGGGUGUCCUUAAUUCACAAGUAGGCAUCAACAUCCGCCAUGACUGCCUGACAGUUAUCAGUUAUCGCUUCAGUUGUGUUUAGCAAAUACUGUUACAACAAUGUUUUGUGAGUCCUUUUUAAAUCCAAGUGGGGUCAUGGUGUGAGCUGCAAAAAUCUUCCUUAUUAUGGAGAAAAAAGUUUAAGUGAGUCACAAAAGUAUUUUAUGCAGUUGAGUUUUGUUAAAAUUAAUUUCUCACCCUUCUGAAAUUCUCUACUUAUAGUAGCAUAACCUAUUUGUCAACACUGAUUAAGAUAUGGUAUUGUAAAUUCAGAUUUUUUUAAAAUGUCAAUUGUCUGUGAAAACAUAUACAUUUGUAUUAAUAUUCUACAGUUUUAAAAUUGUUACAUACACUAUUCUGUCUUUAUAUUUUAUUUUACUCAUAUAAGACUAUCAUUGCGCCGCGCGGAAUGAUCAUAGAUGUUUUGUUUCUAUUAAGAGUAGCGUACUCAUAUGUAGCAUGGAGGUUCAUUAUCUUCUAACCAUGCAUUUCAUCUUUCUAAAAGUUGAUUAUUUUCCCACAGUUGUCAGAUGAUGAAUAAGUGCAGGAACACAACAGUCUUGAUCAAAGACUUUCUUGGUGCAGUGUCAGAAAGACCUCUGUGCUAACAGUUUAAAGAGUUUGUUUAGCUUUCUGUGUGUACUAUAGUGGGAUUUAGGGAUUAUCAUGGGAUCUACUUGUUUGACACAAGUAGAUUUUUCAGUAAUAUGUUUGGGGUAUUAGUCCAUUGUUAUUUAAUUGCUAUAUUUAGGCUACCUUUAUCUCGAAGACUGUUUGCAGAAAGUACCUGCUCCAUGUGUCAACCACAUAGAGGAAAAAAAAGAAACAUUUGUAUACUUAUGUCCUUAUUUCUCUGGAAGAAAGCACCACUGUUUUGUACUUAAUUUCUUCCAAAUAAAGAUACAAAUGCCUACCUUUGCAUAGGCUAUUUUUUGUCAUCCCUUUUAAAAAAAUAAAUUGUGACAUACUGCUGUCAUAACUGCAAAAUGA